AUGUUAAUCCAUCCAACAGGCAGGGAAAAAACAAAAACCAAGACCAUUGAGGAAAAUCCGGACCUCCGCUCAUAG